GGACGUGCCUUCAAUCAUGGCGGCUCAUCAUCUACCAAAUCACACACACUCUAAUCCUUUUCUUUAAGGAGUAGGACUGAUGGUUCUUGACUAAAUCAGCACUGUAAUCCAUUGUCUCUUUCGCAAUUAUACCCUCUCUUGUCCUCUUCAAAAGAGGGAGAGAGAGAAGGGGACAGAAGAUUGAAGUUCCUUCUGCUGAAAGUUCUGCAGAUUUUGCAGCUCGAGAACGAGAAUUGAGCAGCAGGAAAAAAAAAAUGCAGGCAUGCAGUCGAAGGCGAGCCUUGUCGCGGAGCAGCUGCGCCGGAGGCAAUGGCGGCGGCGGCGGCGGCGCAAGGCUGAGAAAGAGCCAAAGUGACAGUGCGGCGGCUGUCGUGAAGCGGAAAAGAUCCAAUUUUGCGGCGGUGGACAAAGAGGAGAGCGGCGGAAGCAGCGCAGUUCAGCUCAAGAAAUCCCUUUCGGAUUUACCCAUCUCGCGGACCGAUCAGCGCGAGAUGUUCGUCGACAAGGAAAUGGAUAAGAAUGGCGAGAAGCCGAGGAGCGUGGAGGAGGAGGAGGAGGAGCAGAUCCCUGUGUCGGUCGAGGACGAGGAGAAGAACCAGAGCCUUGAGAGCUUGCUGUCCCCAGAUGUGGUGGAAAAGGAGCAGAUUGUUCUCGUUGCAGAUCGAAAUGGUAAUAUUCAAGAAGACGAAGAAGAAGAAGAAGACAGCAAAAUGCAAUGCGUUGAGAAUGCAGUGACGAAUCCAGAAAUAGAAGAAGAACAAGAACAAGAACAAGAAGAAAUGUGCGAGGUUGUUUCAUUCACCAGGAUGCAAAGCAUUGAAGAUCUAGUCAUGUGGAAGGACGCAUCGAGAUCCGCCUUGGUUUUCGGCUUCGGAACCUUCCUCCUCCUCUCCUCUUCGUACGCCGAGGAAGUCCAUUUCAGUAUGAUUUCAGCGAGCUCUUACGUUGGACUUAUCUAUAUUGCAUUUGUUUUCCUCUGCAAAUCCUUCAUCCGAAGAGGAGAAGACCAGUUACAGUGCGACGAGAGUUGCAAUGUGGUUGAAGAAGAAGAUGCAAUCUGGCUUCUAAAAAUGCUGCUUCCUUACAUCAACGAGCUACUUCUGAAGCUCAGAACCCUCUUCUCUGGUGAUCCAUCAACAACUUUAAAGUUGGCUGGAGCUCUAUUUGUGAUGGCGAGAUGCGGCAGCAACAUCACAAUUUGGAGUCUUGUCAGAUUGAUGUUUUUUGGGGUCUUCAUUGUUCCAAAAGCCUGCUGUUCCUACUCUUCUCAGCUGACAAAACUUGGGAGAUUUUGGUUGGAUAGGAUUAGGGAUGGGUGGGAGUCAUGCACCCACAAGAAGGCCAUGGCCCUUGCCAUCUUUUGUGUUAUUUGGAACAUAUCGUCGGCUAUCGCCCGGGUUUGGUCAUUCUUCAUGCUCGUGGUGGCUGUGAAGCUCUACCAACAAUCUGCAGCAGAGAACAACAACAAGAGAGAAGAAGAAGAACAACAACAACAACAAAAGGAAGGGCAAGAAGAUUCCAUGGCAGGACAAAGCCAGCAGCUCAAAUUACAAUGACUAUCAUAAAAAAGAAAAGAAAAAACAGAUCAAAGUGGAGCUCUGACACCAAACUUGAAGAACAGUAAGGAAAUAUAAUCUAAUCAAGGCACCUUCUUCAUCAGAUCGCAUUGUUUGUCCAUAUAUGUUGUAAUUGAGGCAUUUCACCAAACAUGUGGCGUGCAUGUUGUCUAUUGAUAAUAAAGUGUGUUUUUGAAGGUAUAGAUGUCGAGUGACCCACUCGGGUUUGUUUGUUUUAGCCAAGCCAGGUUGUGUAGGGGACAAGCUUUAAUAAGUGACAGUCGCCAAUGAUUUAUUUCAUUGUGGUAA